AUGUUAACUCGUAAUACUUUUAAAUUCUCGGUAUUCAUCUUUAAAAUAAUUAGUGAUUUAUUUCAUGUGAUGCCUGAAAGCUUAGAAUCACCUGCGAGGAGCAGAGCUGUUUCACCUUUGCAAGCUGAUAAUAAACGACAAUCUCUUAGCACAUUUAAUGAUCAGAAGAAUCAGGCUUCCUUUAGAGCUAGACCCUCAAGCGCCAACACAAAAAAAAUAAAUAACAAUCAUACUAAAAAAUAUACUGUCAAGGAAGUAACUGCAUUUUAGGGUUGGAAUAAUGUGCCGCCUUAAAAACCUUAAUUAGCACAGUAAUAGUAAAAAAAUGAGGGGUAAACAAGAAUUUCAUAGUUGCUUAGAGACUAAUUCUCGCCAAUUAACAGGCAUGCGAAUCCAUAUUUUAAGGAUUCAAAACCAUAAUCAAGACCUUUAACUGCACUAGGAGGCCAUGAAAAAUAAAAGAAUAACUAAGUAUUUGAUUCUUCUUCUUAUUCAAAUCAUUAAAAUCAGCUAUCUAUCUAGCCAAUGCUUUAAAGAAUGGUUGAAUAAAUUAAAAUUGUUAAAGAUUUCGCCAAAAGUUAAAAGGGCCAAGAGUACAUCAGUAACAUGCAUAAGAAAACAUCAAUGAAGGAUUAAGCACCCUAAAACGGACCAAAGUUUGUAUAAGUAUCAAAGACAGAUAAGUCUAAUAUUUAAAAGAAAAAAAUCUCAGGACCUUUUCCGAAUAAGUAAGCAUUAGAUUUUAGAAUUCAAAAGCCUAAGAAACUGUUAAACGAUUAGUAAAGAUACAUCUAUCCAAGUAAAAUAAACCUAGGACUUAAUGUUUUUGAUGAGAGCGAUGUCUCUGAAGAAAAUAUUAAUUAACAAUAUUAUCAUGAGCAGAAUUAAAUUAAUCCGAGCAGUAAAAAUCUAAGCAAUAAUCCUGGCGAAAAUUUAAAGGGCAAUAAUAAAUAAAACAUUAGUCCUUUGGUGACUAAGCUCAAAGGUAACAGGUCUUUCACUAAUAUUUAUGAGGAUGAAUAUGAGAAAGACAAUCUUAAUACUACUCAUAAUUACAAUCGAAGUUCAAGUUCCCUGAAUAUGCUGUAAAGGUCAUAAACUUUUUAAUAAACAGAGGAGAGCAAAAAGAACAGAGUAAUCAUACAAAGUAAGAUACAAACUUCAACUGGUGAAACUAAAAUACUUAAUUUUUAGUAUAUUAAGACUGACACUUUCAAUAAUACAAGAAGCAAUUAAGAUCAAUUAGAUACACCAAAUCUAAGUAAAGCUGGCUCAUUUGUUAUAAGAUAAGAUGAAGAUAAAAAGAUUAGGCAAAGUAGUAUAAAAGAUGUGCAAUCACCAGCAUAGGAGUGUAAUACUUAGAAAGAUUAGGAAAAACUAAAAGUUUAGUAUAAGGAUAAACUUUUGAUUAAAUACAAGAGACCAUUUACCCCUGAGAAAUGGGCUAUAUCUAAUGCUAUAAUGAUUAACUUUUCAGAGUAAAAUCUUCAUUAGCUCUAAAAGACUAAUCAAAUUUCAAAUGCUAAUAGAGAUCGGAAAGUUUAUAAAAUUCAAAGGAAUGAAAAGACUAAUUAGCAUAAUAGAGAGUAAAUUAAACAAAUAAUUUCAAAAGAUAAAAGUCAAAACCUGUUUGAUAAGCCUGAAUUUAUAAUAAAUGGAAAAACUAAUCAUUAAACAACAAUUAUUUCUAAUAAUCAGAAUUAAAUACCAACCUCAAAUAUGGAAUAAAAAACAAGGAACAUGAAAGAUUUAAAUUUAAAAGCUGUAAAAUAAGUAAAAUCAAAGAAUAGAAUGGUCUAUUCAUCCAGAAUUUAGCAAGGUUCAUAGUAAUCUGGAAUUAAAAGAAGAAAAAAGUCUAAAAAUAAAAAUGCUAUCGCAGUUACAAUUAACAUUGAGAGAUUAGAAAAUGCUUAAUAAAAUGACUAGAGUAAAUAUUAGCCACUGUGA